GCACCCAUCUACUGAGACAGAGCCCAGGAGACAGCACUCACUGACUGAGGACAGCACCCAUUUACUGAGACAGCACUCACUGAGUGAGGACAGAGCCCAAGAGACAGCACUCACUGAGUGAGGACAGCACCCAUCUACUGAGACAGCACUCACUGAGUGAGGACAGAGCCCAUCUACUGAGACAGAGCCCAGGAGACAGCACUCACUGAGUGAGGACAGCACCCAUCUACUGAGACAGCACUCACUGAGUGAGGACAGCACCCAUCUACUGAGAGAGGUCAGAGACCAAAAGACAGCACCCACUGAGAUAAUUAGGACAGGUACCCAGACCACAGAGCUAUCACUACCCAGGACAAAGUACUUACCUGAGCAUUGUACCCAUCAUUAUCCAGAACCCACCUGAGCACAGGACCAAGCAGUGCCCAAGACAAAGUACUCACCUGAGCAUAGUACCCAUCAUUACUCAGGAUCCACCUGAGGACAGGACAAAGAAUCUACCUGAGCAGUACCCAUCAUUACCCAGGACAAAGUACCUACCUGAGCACAGUACCCAUCAUUACCCAGGACAAAGUACCUACCUGAGCACAGUACCUAUCAUUACCCAGGACAAAGCACCUACCUGAGCACAGUGCCCAUCAUUCCCCAGGACCCACCUGAGCAGAGUCGCAGCAUUGCCAGCAGUCGUGGUCCAGCCAUUGCCCAGCCCCCUCUCCCCCUGCAGUGCCAGCUCCAGCCAUGUCGGGGGGCUCAGUGAAGAGGAGGCAGUCGGGGUCUCCGGGGGAUGAGGACCCCCAGGCCAGCCAGAAGAUGCUCCAUGAGAACGGCAGCCCGGGGGGGAAGGCGGACCCGGGGGCGGUGGAGUUGAAGCGCUCCAUCACGCUGGUUAACGGUGUGGCCAUCAUCGUGGGGACCAUCAUCGGCUCCGGCAUCUUCGUCACCCCGACCGGCGUGCUGCGGGAGGCGGGCUCCCCCGGGCUGUCCCUCUUGGUAUGGACCGUGUGCGGCCUCUUCUCCAUCGUGGGCGCUCUGUGCUACGCCGAGCUGGGCACUACCAUCUCCAAGUCCGGGGGGGACUAUGCCUAUGUGCUGGAGGUGUACGGCCCGCUGCCAGCCUUCCUCAAGCUGUGGAUCGAGCUGCUCAUUAUCCGGCCCAGCUCGCAGUACAUCGUGGCCCUGGUGUUCGCCACCUACCUGCUCAAACCCAUCUUCCCCACCUGCCCCGUGCCGGACAGCGCGGCCAAACUGGUGGCAUGCAUGUGUGUCUUAUUGCUGACAGCAAUCAAUUGCUACAGUGUCAAAGCAGCUACAAGAGUCCAGGAUGCGUUUGCCGCUGCCAAGCUGCUUGCCCUGUGUCUGAUCAUUAUCCUGGGAUUUGUCCAGCUGGGGAGAGGAGAUGUUGAGAAUCUUAAAGUAGAAAAUGCAUUUAAGGGGACAACUACUGAUGUCGGACAGUGGGUCUUGGCUUUAUACAGCGGCCUUUUUGCCUACGGAGGAUGGAACUACUUGAACUUUGUCACAGAAGAAAUGAUAGAUCCCUAUAAGAACCUUCCUCGUGCAAUCAUCAUUUCCCUGCCAAUUGUGACGCUGGUUUAUGUCCUCACAAACCUGGCGUAUUUUACCACGCUGACGCCGGAACAGAUGCUGAACUCGGAAGCUGUGGCUGUGGAUUUUGGGAAUUACCACUUGGGGGUCAUGGCGUGGAUCAUCCCAGUCUUUGUAGGGUUAUCAUGUUUUGGUUCUGUCAAUGGAUCGCUGUUUACGUCAUCCAGACUGUUCUUUGUGGGCUCCAGAGAAGGUCACCUUCCCUCCCUCCUGUCUAUGAUUCACCCCAAGCUUCUCACACCCAUGCCUUCUCUUCUGUUCACCUGCGCCAUGACACUUCUCUAUGCCUUUUCGGAUGACAUCUUCUCCGUCAUAAACUUCUUUAGCUUCUUUAACUGGCUGUGUGUGGCGAUGGCUAUCAUUGGGAUGAUGUGGCUUCGGUUCAAGAAACCAGACCUGGAAAGGCCCAUCAAGCUGAACCUCAGUCUCCCGAUAUUCUUCAUUCUGGCCUGCUUCUUCCUGAUUGUGGUAUCGUUCUAUAUGACCCCAGUGGAAUGUGGGAUUGGUUUCUUCAUCAUCUUGUCCGGAGUUCCUGUCUACUACUUUGGGGUUUGGUGGCAAAAUAAGCCCGAGUGGGUGUUGAAUGGCAUCUAUUCCACAACUGUGUUUUUCCAGAAGGUAUUGGCGGUUGUACCCCAGAACCAAUAAACUCCAGUACUAUCCCUUUCGAUCCAAAAACGCACAAUGGAUAAUAUUAUCUACAUGAAAAUAAAGAGCUCUUUUUAACUGCAACUCACACUGUAACGCUCCAGGUCUCAAGGAAACAAAUGUAAAAUGAUCUUCAGACACAGCGACCAUUAAAUCUGGGGUCUCAAAAAGCCCUUUGCAUGGUCCGAGUCCUGCUCCAGUCACAAUAAAUCUUACUGCAACUUCUAGCCGGCUGACAUUCUAGAACGCUACCCUUGGUAGUGCCAUCUGCUUAAUGACUUUAUGAGUGGCCAUCUCUUUCUUUCUUUUUGUCUUUUUUUAAAAAUAAGUUUUGACUUAGAAUCUAGUUACCUCAAAUUAUCGGACAAGUAGUGAACAAGACUGAUUAUACAGUGUCUCUUUUCAAUAACAUUUUAAAACCAGGAAUGCUGGCUUGUUUUUCCGAUACUGCUCAGAAAACUCGACCCACCAGUAUGGUCACGACCCACAUUACCACUGAAAAGAACAGUACCACAAACUUCAAGUACCCAUCCCUAUACUACUGCGAGCCACGGAGCUGCUGCUUUCAAUUUGAUAGUUAUUUUGUAUCUGACAACAAAAUAUUCCCACUGCCUGCUCUACAGAUGUUCUUUUAAGAAGAAUGGCCGAUUUAUGCUAUCACUUUUCUUUCGUUAGUACUUGGUUGACUGUUGUAAAUUUGAGUGUUAUUUUUUUUUAUUAGUUUUUUUUUUUCCGCCUCAAUUGGAAGCAUAUGUUGUUUUUUUAUACACGCACUUAAAAACAGGUUUCCAAAUAUUACUAGUGCAGACACGGAAAAAGCGGUUACUGUUUGGAAAUCUUAUUGUGGUUGGUCGUAAUUUUGCACUAAAACCAAACAUUUCAUAUUGUUGACUUGUGCAUCUCCCAGAAAAAGAAAACACACACACAAACACCAUCAGAACGUGCUCGCGAAGAAGCCAGUGCGUUGCGAGGGCCUGUGGAAUUUUAUAGAAAUUCAGUUCUUGAAUUGAUUUCACAAUUCAACACAACUUGCUGUGUAGUUAAAAAACAAAAAACGUGAUCAUUUUAAGCCAAUUAUUAAUGUUUCUAGAAAAGUGUACUUUUUACUUUUUAUUUUAAUGUAUAUGCUAUUUUUUUCUUUUUUUUCUUUAAUGUAAUAUUCUAGAUACAACCCACGGACCACUGUUUACGCUUUCAAUUAAAGACACAGUCUAAUCACACAAAAAAACACUUCACGAGAUUUUGGGGUAUAGAUAAUGCCCCUGUUCUCUUGCUGUUUUAUGCUCCACUGGGUAUCGUCACUGUUUACAUUUAGAAUUUUCCACUCCUCUAGUGACUGUCAGGCAGACAUCCACCAAGUACUCCAGACUAAAAAAAGAUUCCGUUAUAGAAUCUCUUUGAUUUUAGUGUCUGCAGUCUAAGUAUCUCAGCAUUCAGUGUCUGUGAGAAUCGUUUGAUUCCAUGCUUCUCAUUGAGAAGCAGUGAAUUGGCAAAUCGCGGCAAUUGCUGCACAUACGCCAUGCGUCCUCACGGUUUAUUUUUUUUAUAACCAAUGAUUAGCCAGUAUUUAAAAAAUAGUAAAGAACACAUCUAAUUAAAUUAUUAUUAUUUUUAAUUAGUGUGUUCCUUUAAUGCUAUGUCAUCUGUACACUUGAUUAAGCGAACAGAAAUUCGUGCCUGUAUUUAUUAUUGCUGUUUUUUCUUUUUUUUUCUCUAUGUCCCUUGCGUAAUGGCUACUUCCUGCGCUUUAUUUUCUUUGAUAUUAUAUUUGUAGAUAUUAUGUAUGUUAUGUUAAACUGCUCACUGUUCCUUUAAGGCUAGUGUUAUUCUGGUUAUUUUUGAUUUAACAGUAGAAUGUAUUUUUAUAUACAGAAAAGAACUCUAGAAGAUUUGUUUAAAAUGCAGUAUGAAACUAGAACAUUUUAUGUUUAUUUUAUGUGUUUUACUAA